CCAAAAGUUUUCUCUCUCAUUGUUAUAAUUUAUUCUGUUCAUAAUAAUCAAAGGCUGCGUUUCUUCACGAAAGAAGAAGAGAAGCCAGCUCUUCUUCAGCUGCUGGAUUCAUAACUCAUCGAUAUCCCUUGCCUUUCCCAAAAUCUCAAGGGGAUGGCAGCAGGAGAAGAUGUUGACUUGUCAACUUUGAAGUCGCAGCUAUGCCAAACACAUGAAAUCUGGAAGCAGGAAAUGGAACAACGCCAAUCCCAAGUGGACGUGUUGCAAGCAAAACUUAUAGAGGUUAAGGCUUGCAUAGAAGAGUCUGAGGAAGAGUCCAAAAAGGAGUUAGAGGUUCUUUGGCGGAGAGUUAAAACAACUGCGACAUUGUUGACGUACUUGAAAUCUAAAGCAAGACUCAUGGCUGUUCCUCAUUUAGCCCAUACGUCAUGUGGUAUCAAGCAAUUAGAAGGUAUAGGGCUUGUUGACAAAAACGGUGCACCGUUGUCUGCUUGGUCUAAAAAUGUUGAUCUUUCUUCCUUCGACGGUCCGGAUGAAGAGAUUUGGAUUGAAAUAAAAAAGCAACAUGGUUCUUUGGAUGAGCAAGAUGUGGCAUAUAUUGGUGAAAUACUCAAAUCCGUGCAGAUGGUCACGGAUGUGAUGGAAGUUCUUGUUAAAAGAGUUUUACUGGCUGAAUCUGAAACUGCAGUUGAGAAGGAAAAUGUAAGCUUAAGCCAGGAAGAGAUCAAGAAAAAGUCGGUUCAAAUUGAGAACAUGUCUGUGAAGUUGGAGGAGAUGGAAAUGUUUGCUCUUGGUACAAAUAGUAUUCUAAAUGAAAUGAGGCAGAGAGUUGAUGAUUUGGUUGAAGAAACCUCUAGACAGAGGCAACGAGCUGCGGAAAACGAACAGGAGCUGAGUCGUGUGAAGCGGGAAUUUGAGUCCCUUAAAUCGUAUGUCAGCAGUCUCAUUACUGUACGGGAAACACUCCUUUCAUCAGAAAAGCAGUUCCAAACUAUUGAGAGGCUAUUUGAACGAUUAGUCGCUAAAACAACACAAUUAGAGGGUGAAAAAAUGCAGAAAGAGGCAGAAGUCCAGAAGCUUAUGGAAGAAAACGUGAGGCUGACCGCUCUUCUUGACAAGAAAGAGGCCCAACUUCUGGCCAUGAAUGAGCAGUGCAAGGUGAUGGCAUUGAAUGCGUCGAACAUAUAAUUCGGGAGGGACCCGUCUUGUUCUUCUGCGUGCCUGCUGCCUGAUGAAGCCCCUCUUUGCAAAAUCAUUUUGGUUCAAGUCAAAGUUUGCCUGUUGAUGUACCGGAGAGAACAUCUGGGAUUGCGUGAUUCUAGACCCCGAGCUUUAUCUAUUCUCGGAAUUUGGGCCUUUUUCUUUAAAUUCUAACAUUGUGAAUAUCCCCCAUGCAUUGAUUUAGUGCCACAAUCUGUGUUGUUAAACCAAUUCACAGAGGAACAUUUCUGGAAUGAAACUUGGUGUGUUGAUCAGUAUGUUAAAGAGUUCAAUCUCAUAUGUCCUUUGCUAC